AUGUCUCUGUGCAAGAGCUACGGUAAAGAUAAGGUGAUCUUCGCCACCAAAGAGGAUCAUGAGACUCCCAGCACGGUGCAGUUACCGGAGUCGGAACCGCGGCAAGGGUUGAUCUUGGAGAACGGCGACAUCAACUGGAACUGUCCCUGCCUCGGAGGCAUGGCAAUUGGCCCCUGUGGGGUAGAGUUCCGGGAAGCAUUCUCCUGUUUUCACUACAGCCAAGCACAGCCUAAAGGAUCGGACUGCUACGAGGCGUUCAGUACAAUGAACGAAUGCAUGCGAGAAUAUCCGGGUGUUUAUAAGCAGAACCUUAAUGAGGAAGAGGAUGAAGAUGCCAGCAACGUUGCAGGAAUGAUAGCCGGCGACGAGGGUGACGAGGACGAUAAAGAAGAUGUUGACCCACCGACCAAAUCGGUGGCUGCGGAGAAGACAGUCGCUACCAAGGCGAAGUAGUUUGUAUUCGGUUCGUAAGAUCCCGAAAAUGGCAUAAUUCUUUACAGUAAAGUAUGUUGCAUCAGUAGUGUUAAAAUUGAA